ACUCUUGUGUGUAGAUCAGUGGUUCCCAACCUUUUUUUGACCAGGGACCACUUGACCAGGGUCCACUCUCCAACAUUAGUAUCAAAAGGGUUAUGAAUCAGUUUUUGGUCAAUUUUAAAUUCGGUUUGGUUAUUUGGGGUGCUGAUUCAGAAAACUGCAUUGGAUAGACCACAUCAGCUCUAGGGUUGUGCAUUUAUAUAAAACUAGCUGUGCCCGGCCAGGCGUUGCUGUGGCAUAGUCUGGUGGUAUUGGUUAAAAAUUGUUGCGGGUUGUGAAGAUGGCUGUGGCGGCGGGAGUAGGCGAGCGUCCGAUUCAGAAAUAGGGUUAUUUGGGGUGCUGAUUCAGAAAUAGAUCUAGUUUCUGGAUAGAUCUAGUUUCUGAUACAGAACAUACACCAUCCAGUAGUCACCAACUGCUCACCCACAGAAAACCAUGUUUCAUAAUCUAGAUCUGAUGUGGUCUAUCCAAUGCAAUUUUCUGAAUGAGCCCCCCAAAUAACCCCAGGAACAGGCCUCAAAACAAAGACCCCAGGGCGGCCUCGCUUCCAGGCUCCACAUAGAAUGGCUCCACUCGGGGAGGGAGGAGGAGAAGCAGCAGUCAGGAGCCUCGUUGUUGCCCCUUUCAUGGGUAGUCAGCUUCUCCCCUCCCGACAUCCCUGUUGCCUUGGCACUAGAAGAGGGUUUCUCGAGACCAGUUGCUCUCAUUGCGAUGGUGUAGUAUUGAUGAGGUCGUGGACCAUAUUUUAGUUCUUGGGAACCACUGGUGGUCCAUAGACCUCAGGUUGGGAAAUACUGAUUUAGAUUAAUGGAUCUGGAUGGUGCCCUCAAGAUGAUGAACCACGGCAUUCAGUUGUGGUUCUGUUGCCAUGUAGAUUUUUUUUCCUCCUCGAUUCUUUUGCUGAAGCAAAGCAGCAGUGAAAUCUGGAACAUCGACUGAAUUAAUCUCCAUCACAUUACAAUGUGUACCCUUAAUUACAGCUGCAGAAACCAGUCCAAGAUGAAGCCUCCUGUCCUUUUGGUCCUUGCGAUUUCGACUGUCUUCAACACACCUGUGAAGCUGGUAUCAAAGAGAAAUUCAGUGGAUGGCUGCAUUGACUGGCUGGUGGAUCUCAAAAGGUACAUGGCUCUGGCUGGUGAGCCCGUCCGAGUGAAAUGCGCUCUUUUCUACAGCUACAUCCGGACUAACUACAGCACGGCUCAAAGCACAGGCCUCCGGCUGAUGUGGUACAAAAACAAGGGCGACUUGGAGGAGCCCAUCAUCUUCUCCGAAGUUCGAAUGAGCAAAGACGAAGACUCAAUCUGGUUUCAUGCAGCAGAGGUUCAAGACAGCGGGUUCUACACUUGCGUGUUAAGAAACUCGACAUAUUGCAUGAAGGUGUCAAUGUCCUUGACCGUUGCGGAAAAUGAAUCGGGGCUUUGCUACAACAGCACCAUUCGCUACUUAGAGAAAUCAGAAAUCACUAGGACAAAGAUCAUCUCCUGCCCAGACAUAGAGGAUUAUAAAACGGGGAACCAAGAACCAGAAGUCAUAUGGUACAAGGAGUGUAAACCAAAACUGUGGAGAAGCGUCGUAGUUCAGAAGGAAAACACUCUUUUAAUACAAGACGUUCAAGAAGAAGAUGGUGGAAACUAUACUUGCGAGCUGAAGUUUGAAGGAAAGCUAAUACGGCGGACGACUGAGCUCAAAGUUACAGCUUUAGUCACGAAGAGGCCACCGCAACCUUUAUACCCAAUGGAGAAUCAGACCACUUUUAUAGAUAUCCAGUUGGGUCAGCCAUUGACCGUUGCCUGCAAAGCAUUUUUUGGGUUCAGCGGGGAGUCCGGUCCCAUGAUCUACUGGACCCGAGGAGAGAGAUUCAUUGAAGAACUUGAAAACCACAUCAAAGAAGGCGAAAUCAGACUUCUCAAAGAGCAUCUCGGAGAAAAAAUAGUGGAGCUGACGUUAAUCUUUGAUGUGGUAAAAGAGCCGGACUUAGCCAAUUACACGUGCCACGUUGAGAACAGAAAUGGGCGGAAACACGCAAGCAUCAUUCUGCGCAAAAAAGAUCUGAUCUCCAAAAUCGAGCUUGCAGGAGGUUUGGGGGCAAUCCUUCUUUUGCUGGCAUUACUUAUAACUAUCUACAAGUGUUACAACGUUGAAUUGAUGCUGUGCUACAGGCAGACCUUUGGAGGCGAUGAAACCGUGGGUGACAAUAAGGAAUAUGACGCCUAUCUGUCUUACACAAAAGUGGACCCAGACACUCUAGACUGCGACAACAGUGAAGAGGAACAAUUUGCACUUGAAAUCUUGCCAGACGUUCUGGAGAAACACUACGGAUACAAGCUCUUCAUUCCAGACAGGGACCUGAUCCCAACUGGGACCUACCUUGAAGAUCUCACAAGAUGCGUAGAACAAAGCCGCAGGCUUAUCAUUGUACUGACUCCAGACUAUGUCCUCAGGAGAGGCUGGAGCAUUUUUGAGAUGGAAAACAGACUCCACAACCUGCUUGUCAGUGGAGAAAUCAAAGUGAUUUUCAUCGAGUGCCCCGAACUAAAAGGCAAAGUGAAUUACCAAGAAGUCGAAUCGUUAAAGCACGCCGUUAAACUCUUCUCGGUCGUCCAGUGGAAGGGUCCCAAAAGCAGCAAACUGAAUUCGACGUUUUGGAAGCGCUUGCUGUACGAAAUGCCGGCAAAGAAAAAAGAGGUUUUGUCCCGGCACCAAGUCCUGGAUUCUGCCGAACAGGGCCUCUUUGGGGAUCUCCAAACGAUGCCGAACAUUGCCGUGACGGACACCUCGGCCACUAUGGUUGCAUCGCAGGCAGACCUGGGCAAUUACCAACAACCGGAUCCGGUGCAAACGAGACAUUACUGCAGAGGAUACGAGUACGACAUGCAGUCGGCCACUUUGCCAUUAGCUGCCAUAAGCAGUAACCACCACACUUAUUGCAACAUACCCCUGGCACUACUCAAUGGGCAGCUACCUCUUAAUAACAGCAUGAAGGACACACAGGAAUUUCACAGGAACAACCCUUUGCUGCCCUUGUCAACAAGAGAGCUCAGUUUCACCAGUGACAUAUGGUAAUGGCCAAAUCCUUAGUAUUGGGACGCUCAUUGGCCAUCAAUGAGGCCCGCUCCUCGGACCCUUAACAUCCGGUGCCAAAAUAUUUUGAAAAGUCACUGAAAACUCACUUUUAUACUUGAACCUCUUUGUUUACACUCCAAAAAAUUAUUAACAAGGAAGGGAACCUACUUUUGUAGCUCACAAAUACGUUCGUAUCUUUUAAUGUACAGUUUUAUGGCUUCUUUAUAUUUAAAAAAAGGGGGGAGCGCUGGAGAGUAUUUUGGAAGAAGGGUUUACAGGCUGAUCAUGGAUCGGCAUUUAGUGUUAUAUAUAUAUAUGUUAAAGUAAGACUCCGUAUUUAUAUAUCAGUACUGCUGAAAAUGGAAUGGAUUUCUGUCUCUUUUCCCAAGGACCGCUCGAUACAAACAACACAAUUCACCGAUCUGAAACCCAACAAGUGACAAAAAGAAGCGCUGUUAGUUCAGACUGUGCCAGGAGGACCCACUUCCCUAAAGGAUACAAUAUAGGAGAUCUUUCCUGUAAUAUUGUCACCAAUACAAAGGAUGGUCUAGGACGGUGAAACCCUGUGUUGGUUGCCUCCAGUUUUCAGCCAGCAAUUUCUGUCGUUGGAAAAUACAUCACUCAUUUAACAUCAUCCAUCAUUUUGUGCUCAAGAUAUUCCUUAAUGACACUUGCCAUUGUGUUUUUCUCAAGUUUGACAGCAGUUUAGUUUCUGUAGAUUUUUUUAAAAGGCUUGUUUAAACUGGCUUUCCAGGUUUCUACGAACUCUCUUCCUUUUACAUUUUACAUACCAGUGGGAUCGUCAUGUUGUUCAACCAACCGGUGAUUUGAACAUUUCUUAAGCUUCUCGUAAGAUUUGUAUUAAUGCUAAUGUAAAUUUUGCACAGGGUUGUUAUUAUGAUUAUCAAUAUUAUUUUGGGUUUGGUGUUACAACUUACUGAUUGACAUUUGACAGAAACUGUCAGCAAUAGAAAAAGAGAAAUACAGCAAUACUCACAAACAGAA